UCUUAACGUCGUCACACACACGAGGGUUAUGUUGUGUUGUUUUUAUAUUUUCCUUUUUAAAAUAUAGUAAUAAUUGCAGUUUAUCAUCAUGUCUUCGUGGAAAAAAGCCGCUAAGGCUAACCAAAAGACUCACAAGGAGAGACAUCAGCCAGAAUCAAGAAAGCAUUUGGGUUUCCUAGAAAAGAAGAAAGACUAUAAAAAACGUGCAGAUGAUUACCAUGAGAAGGGAGAAACUUUGAAAUUACUACGUAAAAGAACAUUGGAUAAGAAUCCUGAUGAAUUCUACUUCCAUAUGGUCAAUUCUAGAGUUAAAGAUGGGGUGCAUCAUGAAUUGGAAAAAGAAGAUGAACACACUCCAGAACAGGUGAAACUGAUGCAGACGCAAGACAUCAAGUACAUUAACAUGAAAAGGACUAUUGAGAGUCGACGGAUCAAUAGAUUACAGUCACAACUCCAUAUGACGGAGAUUGCAGACUCCACUCCAAACACUCAUGUAUUCUUCGUGGAUGAAGGGGAAGAGAAAGACUUUGACCUAGCCCAGAGAUUAGACACACACCCAUCUUUGUUGGGAAGAAAGUCUAAUAGACCAAGGCUAUCCGAUUUGAACAAGAUUACAUUGCCUGAUAUCAGUGAAGAGGCUAUGAAAUCAAUGAAUAAGAAAAAGGAGCAGACAUACAAAGAAAUAGCUACAAGGAUAGAUCGCGAGAAAGAGUUGACUGUAGUUCAGCAGAAGAUGGAACUGAAGCGUCAUCUUCAAGACAAAUCCGCCAAAAUAAUGAAACCUAAACGAGUGCAACGUGGCACCAAGGUUUCCGCACCAGUAUACAAGUUCCAAUAUAUAAGGAAAAAAUAAAACCUUUCGGGCGCCAUCCCACUCGCGUCAGACAGAUAACUGCGGGGCGGAAGGCAAGAGGGAAACCCCUGCCCUAUUUUUCCCAAAAAGUAGCAUGGAGAAUGCUACACCGACAAGGGCGUAGCUCCUAAACUAAUUAUUGAUGAGGUGGUAUUUGCGAGAAAGUUGUCAU